UAUCCUCCCACGCGGAAGAACAGCAGGCGGCUACUGACAUUCGUGCGACGUCGCAAACAGCAGCAAGCGACAGUGACAGCUGCUGUAGUGGCUGGUGCGUGGUCGCCAUCUCUCUCCUCUGCGUGCUGUGAACCGCCAUCUGCAAUCAUGAAUUGUGGACUCAUCUUCAUUCAUGAGUAUCAAGAGAAAGCUGUGCCGCUGAAGGCCGUGUCGGUGGAGGUGAGCGUGCAGGGCUUUGUGGCCUCCGUGCGCGCCACGCUCAGCUACCUCAACGCCGAGGCCUUCCCCGUGGAGGCCUCCUUCCUCUUCCCGCUGGACGACGACUCGGCGGUGCACGCGUUCAGCGCCAGCCUCAACGGGCGCCACAUCGAUGCCGUCAUCAAGGAGAAGGAGAAGGCCAAGGAGGAGUACGACGAUGCGAUGAGCUCCGGCCACACGGCCUUCCUGCUCUCCGAGGACCGGGGCGACGUGUUCCAGUGCAUGCUGGGCAACCUAGGGGCGGGCGAGGGGGCGGAGCUGCGGGUGGAGUUUGUGAGCGAGUUGGCGGUGGAACCGGACGGAGCGGUGAGAUUCUGCCUGCCCACGGUGCUCAACCCUCGCUACACGCCGCCAGACUCAUCACCAGCAGACUCCGCGCUGCCCUUUGUGCCAUUUGUGAGCUGCUCCCAGCCGCUGCCCUACUCAAUGGCCUUCCGUCUUCGCGCCGAGGCUCCAGGAGGCAUAGCUGCCGUCACCUCGGCCUGCGACCUUGGGCCGGUCUCCUUCUCGGGCCCUGGCAACUCCGUGGCUGAGGCAAGGGUGUCUCUGGGGGAAGGGUUCAAGAUGGACCGUGACGUGGAGCUGUUUGUCCACCCAAUCCAGAAGCACCGCCCCUUCGCACUGCUGGAGGCGGGUGGCACGGCUAAGGCCUCCUCUCUGAUGAGUGACACAGUGGCCAUGCUGAACUUCUUCCCGGAUGCUGGAGAGACCAAGUCCGCCAAGGGGGCGGAGGCGUUGACUCAGAAAGGGGAGUUCAUCUUUGUGGUGGACUGCUCCGGCAGCAUGGAAUGCCCCAUGGUCAAUGACGGCAGCGGAGGGAGGGAGACUCGCAUCCACAGCGCCAAGGAGACGCUGAUGCUGCUGCUGAAGAGUCUGCCUCUCGGCUGCUUCUUCAACGUCUACGCGUUUGGAAGCAGCUACAACAGCUUCUUCCCGGAGAGCCGUGAGUACUCGCAGGCGAGCAUGGACGAGGCGCUGAAGCUCGUCAAGGGGAUGAGCGCCAACUUGGGGGGCACCGAAAUCCUGGAGCCGUUGGUGGCCAUCUACCGCUCGGCAUGCCGGCCGGAACACCCCCGGCAGUUGAUGGUGCUGACUGAUGGAGAAGUCUCCAACACCCGUGACGUCAUCAGCCUGGUGAAGAAGAACGCAAGCAAGCAUCGCUGCUUCUCCUUUGGAAUCGGUGACGGUGCCUCCACGGAGCUGAUCAAGGGGAUCGCCGCCAGCGGAGGAGGGACGGCCGAGUUCAUCACCGGCAAGGAGCGCCUGCAGGGCAAGGUGCUGAAGGCCCUGAAGUGCGCUCUCCAGCCCACGCUGACCUCCGUGUCGCUCUCCUGGAGCCUCCCCCCGGGCCUAUCGGCCAUCGUGGUGCCCGAGGUGCCGCGCAGCAUCUUCCUGGGCCAGCGAACCAUCCUCUACGCACAGCUCGCUGGCACAGCUCCGGCUGCCCCAUGGCAGGGCGAGGCAGUGCUGAAGUACUCCCUGCAUGGGGAGUCCGUGGAGAACCGGGUUCCCGUCACCAGCCAGACCGCCAACCCCGGCGAGUCCCGUGCCACCCUGCACUGGCUCGCAGCCAAGGCGAUGAUCCGCCACCUCGUGUCGGGUCCCAACACCCCCGACUCUACGCCGGCGCCGGAAGACGCAGAGCAGCAGAAGAAGAAGAAUGAGGAGGAGGAGGCGGAGGCCAAGUCUCGCCGGGAGCGAGUGGUGGCGCUGAGCGUGGAGUCGGGCGUCGUGUCCCCCUACACGGCCUUCGUCGGAGUGGACACCGACUCCCGCCAGCCACUAGGGGCCGCCAUGCAGGAGCGCCCCACCCCACGCCAUCACUUCUUUGGUGGUUCAGGUUUCAGCGUGGUGUGUGACUCGUCGUCGUAUAGUAUGGACGUAGUGGACGCAGCUCCUAAACGUGGUGCCAUGCGGUCCAUGAUGCCAAUGGCUUCUCCAAUGAUGUGUGCUCCUGUUGCAAAGCAGCGAUCAAAGAGGAGUAUAUUUGGCGGAAUGUUUGCAUCGUUCAAGAAGAGUCCUCCACAGAAAACAGCGUUUAACCGUGGUUCCAUGCAGUCCAUGAUGCCAAUGGCUUGUCCAAUGAUGCCUGCUCCUGUUGCAAGUCGAUGCUGUUCAAGCUCUGCCAAGAUGUCGAUGCCCGAGAUGAUUAUGAACUCGCCGUGCAGGUCAGAUGACCUGCACGGCCCAGGAGACGGACAAGAAGCCAUGGAAUGCGAUUACUUUGCUCCAGACACUCCAGCUGAGCUGCCCUUCCUGGAGCUCGUCGACCUGCAGAGGGCCCACGGGGCCUGGGAGCUGUCCGCCCAGCUGGCCUCGGUCGUCCAGUCGAGCGAGGAGGCACUGCGCAAGGAAGCUCCUGCGGGCGUGAGCGACGAGGUGUGGGCCACGGUGGUGGCCCUGGUGUGGCUGCACGCUCUGGCCCCAGACCACCACGACGAGUGGGAGCUGCUGGCACUCAAGGCCUCGGCCUGGCUGCGUGGGCAAGCUGUGGACCUGACACUCUGCGUGAAAGCCGCCAAUCAGCUGCUGAAGACGAACGUCGACGUAGGAAAGCUGUAGCCCAGUCGGUUACCUGGCAACCAUCAUGAGCUUCCUGUUAACCGCUAUCAUGUACGUUACCAUUCCCAAUCCAAAACUGAAAUCCUAUAAAUUACCAUCCCCAUAAUAUAACCGCAAUCCUAUAAAUGACCAUCCCCAUCAUAUAACUGCUCUGCUUAUACAUUAACAUCAGCAUCCUGUUAACCACAAUCCUAUACAUUACCAUCAACAUAGUAUAACCACAAUCCUAUACAUUACUAUCCCCAUCCUAUAACUUUUCUUAUACAUUAACAUCAGUAUCAA